AUGGGGCGAUACCUUGGUCGGUUGGUUCUGCAACUCCAGUUGAUGUCAAGUCGCACCGCACUUCUGUACCAAUUCGAGCCAUUGUUUGCGCAUAAGCCGAUGGCAAAGGCUAAGUCUAUUGGGCCGCAGAUCAGCACACGGCUCCUGUCUGUCCUAGUGUCAGCCACUGGCGGGUCUGGAGAAAGAAUUGAUGUAACGACCUUUGAAUCUCCAUGGAUCAUUCAGCCUGCAAGGUGCACCCUUGAAACAAUCCCUCACACUCUCGAAGAGCUUCUCCACCAUUACCAUAGUGAGGGAUCGGAUUUAGCAAUCUAUCGCUGCGAAGCCCGGGAUGAUGUGGGGUCGAAGCCCGCCAUCAGAACUGACACAGUGGACGCGCUUGCUCGGAUGAAUCUGCUGCCGCAGGACACCUAUGCCACUGUAGGCCAGCACCGCGGCGUCGAGAGCAUUGGCGCCUUCUUACGGAGCCAUCGCAGUGUUGGCUGUCUUCCCUUCCAAAAGAACUGUUUUUUUCAGGCUCGCGGAUGUCGGCAUGUAUGCGUCGGUAAAACCAGCUGA